GAGCUGAGGCUGCUCUUCUGCAGUGAUGGCUCCUGACUUCAGGAUCUCAGCAGAAACUCCCCUGUUACUGUCUUCUAGGCCUUUCAAAUUUAAGUCAGCAGGAGGUGCCUAGUUACUCUUCUCAGACUUCACUGGACAUCCCUUCUCAGAACCACUGCACAUCUCAAAGAAGUUUCCUGCCACCAUGAUGACCGGAGGCUUGUCUGACCCUAAACCUGCUACUCCAGAGGUCCAGCAUAUUGCUGACCAGGUGAAGCCACAAUUAGAAAGCAGGGAGAAUGAGAUCUAUAACAUCUUUACAGCCAUAAUAUACCGGACUCAAGUGGUUGCUGGAAUCAACUACUUCAUUAAGGUCCAAAAUUCUGAUAAUGGGUACGUCCACUUAAAAAUAUUUCAAGCCCUUCCUCAGGAGAACCAAGGUCCCAGCCUUACCGAUUAUCAGACUGGCAAAACCAGAGAUGAUCCUUUGGUCUACUUCUGAGGGUGGUGAGGAAUGGUUCCUCACUUCUGCAAGUCACAUGUGGAUUCUGCCUGUUGGCAAAUGCAUGAGAAUAAAAUACACUUGAAAGCUGUUCAUCUAGCAUGUGCCAUGUCUAGAUCCGCUGCCUGGCUAAAGCUUCAGUGGGCUCUGAAGUACUAGUCACACCUGCUUCUGCCACCUACACUACUGUAGCUCCAAGUCAGUGUACACUACACCUCUUUCAGCUCUUCUUUCCAAGUACUGUCAAGACAAGCUCUGAAUACAAAGCUCAGGCUGUUGUGAGAGUACUUUUGAGUGAAACAGGCCACAUACUUCUUGGGUUUGCUUUAAGUGCAUUAAUUACAAUCUAUUGGCUGAUCUUCAGCAGCUGCGUGAGAUAAAUGUACUUCUAGGGGAGGAGGAACUGAGAAGUCAAACUCUCUAAAACAGGAUAUGUGCCCAUCUCUAAAAGCAGUUUGGCUGUUUGGGGUGGAGAUGAGGAAGGGGUGGAACUACGCAAAGGAGUGGAAGAAGCUGCAGCAGAAACAGCUCAAUCCGUGUUCAGGCCCUGGAGUAGGGAGUGACCCUGAUGACUGGGCAUGUAUGGAGUUCACUCUUUUUUGUAGCACCAGCCACCUGCAGUGACUAGUCUUCAGUCAAGACUUCUGCGGGAACAAAGAUAGCGGGCAACCCUGAAGCACCACAACCUUAUUUUCCUGCUGGCAGCUGCUGAGGCAGGUUUUCUGGAGUUACCUGCCAUGCAACUCUGAGCUGGUACUCAGGGGUGAGACAUCAAAUCAAAUGCUUUAAGUCCAUGAAGUGUGAAGACAAUCUGUAGAUUCCUGUGCCUUUGGGAUUACUGCCUAAUAUUUUCCAUGAGCUGAAUCUUGCUGUCAGAUGUCUUUAAAAUGCUGUAAAUCUGGCUUUAUCAGCACUAGCUGUCCUCUCAGAAGAGCACUUGGCAAAUAUAUUUAGCUUUCUGAACCACUAAUUUAUAAGUUUACCAACAACAAAAAACAACUAUGUCUCCAGAACUACUUCAUUUUAGCAAAACAGGAACUGUGUUACAAUGCAGAUGUAGUCUUUGUAUGUUUAACACUGGGGGUGGGGACUCUUUUGGCCAAUAUGAGUAAAAGCACAUAUUUGGAGAAAGUAGUUAAGGGAUCUGGUAAGGCCUCCCUUAAUAAUCAGGAAGCAGAACAUGCUCUGUGUUAGUAAUGCUACCUACACUGUAUGUAAGAAGCACAGUAAUGCACAUGUAAGUUCACCAUGCCCUCUAUUCUCAAAACUGUGGGGAGUUUCUAGGAGCAAGAACAUACAGCAGUGUAAUGUAAAAGUGGGCUGGUACCCCUCAGUUCAGAAUGCAGCAUCUCUCCCCUCCCCAGUUCAUUAUACAAGGCACGUGUCAAAACUUCCAAUGCACAGCCUUCCCCUUCCAGGGGGGAAAGCCUUUCUGCAGAUUCUCCUGUUAGUCAGGGACUUCCAGAUGCUGAGGGCAAAUCCCGCCAAUGAAGACACAGGCAACACUGAGCAGCAUUCAGUCUUUUCUGUGUCCUCUGUCAACAGGCCCACAUUUUCCUUAGCACUCCUCUUAUUGCUGACAUACCUGCUGAAGCCUUCCUUGCUGUGUUCCAUGUCCCUCUCCAGAUUAAAGUAAAGUAUUUUUAAUUAAAACAUAAA